AUGUCGGCCAACGGUUCAGCAGUCCCCCAGGACACCGCCGGGGUUGAGGACGUCAAGGGCAAGGGCAAGUCUGUCGCGCAAUCUGCACAGCCUGAGAUUGAAGAGGACGAGGAGGAAGAGGAGAGCGGCAACGAGGAGGCUCCCGAAGAAGAGGAAGACGAUGAAGACAUGGAAGAAAUCGACACUGGCAACAUCAUCGGUAGCCGCACCCGGAAUAAGGAUAUCAACUGGGCUGAAGCCGAGGAAAAGCUGCGCGCCGACGGUCAGGAUGCUGAAGACGAUGAAGAUGACGAUGACGAGGAUUUCGAGGAGCCCGAUGAAGAUGAGGAGAUGCAGGGCUAA